CUAUGGGGUUUUGGGUGGGUGACUGUUCUAAAGAAAGAGCAGAGAAGUGUGUAAGACAGCAGCUCUGCUUCCUGGUCCUAACUCUGGACUGUCAGGUUUUAGAAAUAAACUUCGCCAUAUUUCUAGAUAAGAGAGCCGCUCCAUCCAAAGUGGGAUGGAUGCCGUCUCUCCUAAUCAGACCAGGUUUUCCCCAAAAAGGCUUCCAGUUAUCAAUGAAGCCCACAUCGUUUGCUGGACACCACCUCGACAGCCAGCGGUGGAAUGACGACAUGCGGCUAUACAUGUCAUCACUGGUCACAUUGGGCAGGGGUCCAGAGAAAACUACGGUGUCCGACAUUGUCUUAGCAUAGUUACACACCGACUCCACAUUAAUCUUAGUGACCUCCGAUUGGCGUAAACGGGUGUCGUUACCGCCGACGUGGAUAACAAUCUUACUGUAUUUACGUUUAUCUUUAGCCAGCAGUUUUAAAUUUGAUUCAAUGUCGCCCGCUCUGGCCCCAGGGAUACAUUUAACUAUGGCCGCUGGCUUCACUAACUUCACGUUUCUGACUAUGGAGCUGCCAAUAACCAGAGUUGGUUCCUCAGCGGGUGUAUCGCUGAGUGGGGAAAAUGUAUUAGAAACAUGAAUGGGUUGGUGGUGAACUGUGGGCUUCAGUGUUUUAGUCUUCCUUCGCUCAGUCACCCAGCCUCCCUGUCUGCCCGGCUGCUCGGGAACUACUGGGGGAACUACCAGGGGAUCUACCGGAGGAUAUACCGGGGGAACUACCGGGGAAGGCAGAUGGGGACACCUAAACAGGUCGUCUUGGGAACUUUGGAGGAUUUGGGAGCCGAGGACUUAAAAAUAUUCAAGUGGUACCUGCAGCAGUCAGAGGUCCUGGCAGGCUUCCCAGCAAUCCCAAAGAGUCGACUGGAGAAUGCAGACAGGGUGGACACAGUGGAUCAGAUGGUGCAGACCUACUGUAUAAACACUAUCAAAGUGACCAGAAUGGUUCUGGAGAAGAUGAAUCUAAAUAAUAUGGUUGAGAAUUUAUCAAACACCAUCACAAAACCUACAGAUAUUCUUUCGGAGUGUCAGCAUAAACUCAAAUCCAACCUGAAGAAAAAGUUUCAAUAUGUUUUCGAGAAAAUCACAAAAGCAAGGAAGGAAAUGCAAGGAAAUUCAAAACAUCUACAUGACAUCUACACUGAGAUCUACAUCAUGAUGGAAGAAACUGGAGAGGUCAACAUGGAGCAUGAGGUCAGAAAAAUUGAAACAGCAUCCUGGAAACCAGAUAGACCAGAAACAACAAUCAGACAAGAAGACAUCUUUAAACCCUCACCUGGAAGAGAUGAACCAAUCAGAACAGUGAUGACAAAGGGAGUGGCUGGCAUUGGGAAAACAGUCUUAACACAGAAGUUCACUCUGGACUGGGCUGAAGACAAAGCCAACCAGGACAUACAGUUCAUAUUUCCAUUCACUUUCAGAGAGCUGAAUGUGCUGAAAGAGAAAAAGUACAGCUUGGUAGAACUUGUUCAUCUCUUCUUUACUGAAACCAAAGAAGCAGGAAUCUACAGGUUUGAAGAGUUCCAGGUUGUGUUCAUCUUUGACGGUCUGGAUGAGUGUCGACUUCCUCUGGACUUCCACAACACUGAGAUCCUGACUGAUGUUACAGAGUCUACCUCAGUGGAUGUGCUGCUGACAAACCUCAUCAGGGGGAAACUGCUUCCCUCUGCUCGCCUCUGGCUAACCUCACGACCUGCAGCAGCCAAUCAGAUCCCUCCUGAGUGUGUUGACAUGGUGACAGAGGUCAGAGGGUUCACUGACCCACAGAAGGAAGAGUACUUCAGGAAGAGGUUCAGAGAUCAGGAGCAGGCCAGCAGAAUCAUCUCUCACAUCAAGACAUCACGAAGCGUCCACAUCAUGUGCCACAUCCCAGUCUUCUGCUGGAUCACUGCUACAGUUCUGGAGGAUGUGUUGAAGACCAGAGAGGGAGGAGAGCUGCCUAAGACCCUGACUGAGAUGUACAUCUACUUCCUGGUGGUUCUGUACAAACUGAAGAACAUCAAGUAUGAUGGAGGAACUGAGACAGAUCCACACUGGAGUCCAGAUAACAGGAAGAUGAUUGAGUCUCUGGGAAAACUGGCUUUUGAGCAGCUGCAGAAAGGCAACCUGAUCUUCUAUGAAUCAGACCUGACAGAGUGUGGCAUCGAUAUCAGCGCAGCCUUAGUGUACUCAGGAGUGUUCACACAGAUCUUUAAAGAGGAGAGAGGACUGUUCCAGGACAAGGUCUUCUGCUUCAUCCAUCUGAGUGUUCAGGAGUUUCUGGCUGCUCUUCAUGUCCAUCUGACAUUCAUCAACUCUGGAGUCAAUCUGCUGGCAGAACAACAAACAACAUCCUGGUGGGGACUGUUUCUAUUUAGCAACAAACCUGAACCAACAAAUCUCUACCAGAGUGCUGUGGACAAGGCCUUACAGAGUCAAAAUGGACACCUGGACUUGUUCCUCCGCUUCCUCCUGGGUCUUUCACUGCAGACCAAUCAGACUCUCCUACGAGGUCUGCUGACACAGAUAGGAAGUAGCUCACAGACCAAUCAGGAAACAGUUGGGUACAUCAAGGAAAAGAUCAAUGACAAUAUUUCCCCAGAGAGAAGCAUCAAUCUGUUCCACUGUCUGAAUGAACUGAAUGAUCGUUCUCUAGUGGAGGAGAUCCAACAGUCCCUGAGUUCAGGAAGUCUCUCUACAGAUAAACUGUCUCCUGCUCAGUGGUCAGCUCUGGGCUUCAUCUUACUGUCAUCAGGAAAAGAUCUGGAUGUGUUUGACCUAAAGAAAUACUCUGCUUCAGAGGAGGCUCUUCUGAGACUGCUGCCAGUGGUCAAAGCCUCCAGCAAAGCUCUGCUGACCAGCUGUAACCUCUCAGAGAGAAGCUGUAAAGCUCUGUCCUCAGUUCUCAGCUCCCAGUCCUCUAGUCUGAGAGAGCUGGACCUGAGUAACAACGACCUGCAUGAUUCAGGAGUGAAGCUUCUCUCUGCUGGACUGGAGAGUCCACACUGUAAACUGGGAACUCUGAGGUUGUCAGGCUGUCUGAUCACAGACGAAGGCUGUUGUUCUCUGGCCUCAGCUCUGAGAUCCAACCCCUCCCAUCUGAGAGAGCUGGACCUGAGCUACAACCAUCCAGGAGACUCAGGAGUCAAGUUGCUGUGUGCUGGACUGGGGAAUCCAGACUGGAGACUGGACACUCUCAGGGUGGACCAUGGUGGAGAACAGAGACUGAAAUCUGGUCUGAAGAAGUAUUUCUGUGAACUCACAGUGGACCCAAACACAGUGAACAGAAAGCUCAGACUGUCUGACAACAACAGGAAGGUGACACUGGAGCAGAAAUAUCAGUCAUAUCCUGAUCAUCCAGAGAGAUUUGACUACUGGUAUCAGCUGCUGUGUAGAAAUGGUCUGACUGGUUGCUGUUACUGGGAGGUCGAGUGGGAAGGAGAGGUUUGUGUAGCAGUGACUUACAGAGGAAUCAGCAGGAGAGGAAACAGUGAUUACAGCAGGUUUGGAGGAAAUGAUCAGUCCUGGACUCUGACGUGCUCUGAGGAUGGAUACACCGUCUGGCACAAUAACAGAGAAACUGUCAUCUGUCUCUCCUCCUCCUUCUUCUCCUCUGUCUCUAACAGAGUAGCAGUGUAUGUGGACUGUCCUGCUGGCACUCUGUCCUUCUACAGAGUCUCCUCUGACACACUGAUCCACCUCCACACCUUCAACACCACAUUCACUAAACCUCUGUAUCCUGGGUUUCUGUUCUGGUCGUAUGACUCCUCAGUGUCUCUGUGUUCUCUGUAGGAGGGAAACAACCUCACAAUAUUAUAAUAAACCUGUGCACUUUUCACUUCAAGGCCA